AUGUCGCAGUACAGCCAUCUGUCCACCCCAGACCCCGAGUUCCGAGCACCUAUUCCUCACCCACCCAACUUCUCUUUCACAGGAGAUGUGAAGGCGCUACGGGAGAGGCAGAGGCAAUUCCAAGCCCAGAAUCGGGAGAGCCUCGCAGCUCGUCUUCCAGCAGGCAAGUUAACCGGUUAA